GGGGGUGGAGGAGAGAGAGAGAGAGCGAGAGUGAGUUAGUGUGAGAGACAGAGAAAUCGAGAGUGUGUGAGACGGAGCCAGGUAGAACUGUAAACAGUGUGCAGAUCAUGUUGUGAGCGCGCGCCUACUGUCCUGCUUCUUCAUGGUUCUAAGGUGAAGUGUAGUACAACGGCAGGAAUUUUACCUCGGCACCGGAGCUAUUUUCUCUCUUAGACAGGAUAUACUGUACCAGCUUCUUGGAUAUCUGGUCGGUUGCGAGCAAGGUGGAAAUGUCAUCUUUUGCCAUCGCCGUCAGUCUCACCGUGCUCUGCGUCGUUGGUACCGGGCUGGCGGGUAGUCACUAUAACUGCGACAGCCCGUUGGUGUCCACGUUGCCUCCAUUGUCCUUUCAGAGCUCCACCCAGUCCUCUCUCAGCACCGGCCCUCAGUAUGCCAAGCUUAACAGGCGAGAUGGAGCAGGAGGCUGGUCUCCCCUGGUGCUGGACAGGCAGCCCUGGCUGCAGGUGGAUCUGAGAGACAGGAUGGAGGUGACGGCCGUGGCCACACAAGGGCGCUACGGCAGCUCUGACUGGCUCAGCAGCUUCCUGCUUCUCUACAGUGACACGGGCCGGGCCUGGCAGCAGUACCGGCAGGACCACGGAGUUGGGAGGUUUGUGGGGAACAUGAAUGCUGACGGUGUCGUCCUCCACAAGCUCCCCCACUCCCUCAGAACCCGCUUCCUGCGCUUUGUCCCCCUGGACUGGAACCCCCUCGGUUGGCUGGGGCUUAGGGUGGAGCUGUACGGCUGUGCUUACAAAUCGUACGUGGCGGACUUUGAUGGCAGAAGCUCUCUGUUGUACCGGUUUAACCAGAAGUCCAUGUCGACGGUGAAGGAUGUGAUCUCCCUGCGCUUCAAGAGUGGUCAGGCUGAGGGGGUGCUGGUCCAUGGGGAGGGCCAGAGAGGAGACUACAUCACUCUGGAGCUGCACCGGGGCCGACUGGCACUCUACCUCAACCUGGACGACACCAGGCUACGGUUCAGCAGUGGUCGUGUUGCGGUCACUCUGGGCAGUCUUCUGGAUGACCAGCACUGGCACUCUGUCCUCAUCGAGCGCUUCAACAAGCAGGUCAACCUAACAGUGGACACCCACACACAGCACUUCAGAACCAAGGGGGAAGGAGACUCACUAGAGGUGGACUAUGAGCUGAGCUUUGGGGGCAUCCCACUGCCUGGCAAGCCCGGAACCUUCCUCAGGAAGAACUUUCACGGAUGCAUUGAGAACCUCUACUACAACGGCAUCAACAUCAUUGACCUAGCAAAGCGACGCAAGCCCCAGAUCUACAGUGUGGGCAACGUGACCUUCACCUGCUCAGAGUCCCAGCAGGUGGCCACCACCUUCCUGAGCUCCAGCAGCAGCUUCCUGUCGCUCCCGGCAACGCCGUCCGCUAUGGGGGGUCUGGCGGUGCGAUUCCAGUUCCGCACCUGGAACGCAGACGGCCUGCUGCUCUCCACCCUGCUGGCCCAGGAGCCCCGGAGACUGGAGCUGCAGAUCAGCAACAGCCGGCUCCGUCUCACCCACCACACGUCAGCCCAGCAGAAAUCCGAGGUGUCCACUGGUCACAAAGUGAACGAUGGACUGUGGCACUCAGUGAGUCUCAGCACGCAGGGUCUGCAGGUGACCAUGAGUCUGGACAAUGAGCCGGCCUCCACCAUCGAGCUGGGGGAGCACCUGGAAGCAGGACACAGCUUUUACUUUGGAGGUUGUCCCUCUUCCCAGAGUGUCUCGGGCUGCAGGAACCCCACACUGGCAUUCCAGGGAUGCAUGCGUCUCAUUGUCAUCAACAGCCAGCCUAUCAACCUCAACCACGUCCAGCAAGGACUUCUGGGAAGCCACAACGAGCUUCAGUUUGACACAUGUGGCAUACAUGACAGAUGUCUUCCAAACCUGUGUGAGCACGGUGGUCAGUGUUCCCAGUCCUGGACCACCUUCAACUGUGACUGCUCAGGAACAGGAUACUCUGGAGCUACCUGCCACAACUCUAUUUAUGAGGCGUCCUGCGAGGCCUACAGACAGGUGGGCAGCUCCUCGGGCUACUUCUCAAUUGAUCCCGAUGGAAGUGGACCUCUGGGGCCCACACAGGUCUACUGCAAUAUGACAGAUGAGAAGGUGUGGACAGUGGUGACCCACAACAGCUCAGGUCCAGUGAGAGUCCAGGGUUCCUCCAUCCAGAAGCCCUACAUUAUGAGCUUCAACUACAGCGCCUCGUCUGACCAACUACGCACCCUCGUAGCCGGGUCCGAGCAGUGUCAACAAGAAGUGACAUAUGUCUGCAGGAAGUCACGCCUCUUCAACACUUGGGACGGUACCCCGUUGUCCUGGUGGGUGGACCAAGGUGGAGAGAGGAGGACCUACUGGGGAGGCUUCCUGCCUGGGGUCCAGCAGUGCUCCUGCAGCCUGGAAGAGAACUGCAGAGACAUGAACUACUUCUGCAACUGUGAUGCAGACAUAGACUCAUGGUCUAAUGACACGGGAGUCCUCUCCUACAAAGACCACUUACCCGUGAGGGAGGUUAUUAUUGGAGACACCAACAGGACAGGCUCGGAGGCCGUGUACAGCAUCGGCCCACUCCGUUGUUAUGGAGACAAGUCUGUCUCGAACGCAGCGUCCUUCUACCAGGAGUCGUCCUACCUGCACUUCCCCACCCUGCAGGCAGAGCUCAGCUCUGAUAUCUCCUUCUACUUUAAGACCAGCUCCCCCUCAGGGGUCUUCUUGGAGAACCUGGGCCUCAAGGACUUUAUCAGAGUGGAGCUCAGCUCUCCGUCCAUGGUGACGUUCUCCUUCGACGUGGGCAACGGCCCGGUGUUCCUGGCGGUCAAGUCCCACGUGCCCCUGAACGACCGUCAGUGGCACCACGUGAGGGCGGAGCGCAGCGUGAAGGAGGCGUCUCUGCAGGUGGACCAGCUUCCCUUGCGCUUCCUGGAGGCCCCACCUGACGGAAACCUCCGCCUGCGACUCAACAGCCAGCUCUUUGUAGGAGGAACGGCAUCCAGACAGAGAGGCUUCCUGGGCUGCAUCAGAACCCUGACCAUCAACGGCGUGACCUUUAACCUGGAGGAGCGGGCUAAGAUGACCCCAGGGGUGAGCUCCGGUUGCCCUGGCUACUGCAGCGGUUCCAGCAGCCUGUGCUACAACAGAGGGAGGUGUCUGGAGAAGAACAGCGGCCACGUCUGUGACUGCUCCCAGUCCGCCUACGGUGGACCAUCCUGCAAGGAAGAGGUGUCUGUGUCCUUCGACCAGGAGUCCUCGGUGACCUACACCUUUCAGGAGCCUUUCUGGGUGAUGCAGAACAGGAGCUCCCAGGCCUCCAGUGUGUACAGAGAGAUGAGCAGGGCCAGAGAGAACAUGGGUUUCAGCUUCCUGACCUCCCAGAGCCCCGCCAUGCUGCUCGCUGUCAGCACCUUCAGCCAGCAAUACAUUGCUGUCAUCCUGGCACGCAACGGGAGCCUCCAGAUCUGGUACCACCUCCAUGCCGACAGGAAGCCAGAUGUGUUCAGCCCCAGAGCCUCCAGCCUGGCAGACGGACUGCUUCACCGCAUCAGGAUCCACCGCGAGGGCAGGGAUGUCUACGUACAGAUCGACCAGGACAUCCACCGAAAGUACUCCCUGUCAUCUGAUGCUGAGCUGAUCCUAAUCAGAUCCUUGACUUUGGGCAAAGUCAUCGGAAGGGAGAACUUUGACGAGGAAGUGAUGCAGGCGGGUUCAAAAGGUUUCAUUGGCUGCCUGUCGUCGGUCCAGUUCAAUCACGUGGCCCCUCUGAAGGCUGCCCUGCUGAACCGAGGCAGCUCAUUGGUCAGCGUACGGGGUCAGCUGGUGGAGUCUAACUGUGGAGCACUGGCUGACUCCACCCCAUCACAUUCACUCUCAGAUCAAGCUUCCAAGCCAAACAAAGAUAAGGAGCAGCUCGGUAAUGAUACCCGAAACAAUUCAGCUGUAAUAGGAGGUGUGGUGACUGCAGUGGUCUUCAUCACUCUGUGUGUGGUGGUGGUGAUGAGUCGUUUCCUGUACCAGCAGCGCCAGGCCCAAAGGAGCACCAGCAGCAUCAAGGAGAAGGAGCAGCAGCGGCACAGCCUGGAGACGGCCUACCGGACCGAGCUGCACCUCCACAACCCAGUCAGAGACAACAUUAAGGAGUACUACAUCUGACACCCAGAGCCCAGCCAAGCCUUCAAACCAUUGCUUCCCUCUCUUCUGUUUCGCCCAGCUGUCUGCACAAGAUGUGGCUCCCCCUGGCAUCCUCCUCCUCCCAGAGUAGAGACCGAGAAGUCCUUUCUCCCGUAGGGAAUUGAAGGAAGAAGGGAAGAUGUCCCUGCUUCUGUCUAGAUACUCAGUAAAACAGAAGUUGUAGCUGACAAAGACAUUGUGCUGUGGACCAACAAAUGAUUUUGGCUAUGUUGACAGGAGGAGACAGUCCGCUGAUAGAAUAUGACUAUGGGUUUGGUGCAAUGGAUUCAUCCAGCGAUUUUGUGUACACAGUGUCGGGAGAGGUGGGAGGGCGGAGGUAAUAUCAAGGGUGAAAUGCAUAAAAGGUCCCUCAGGAUCCUCCAGUAGAGGUGGAAGGGAAGAUGGAUUCUACAGCUCUAUUAAUGGAAUGAUGGAGGCACAGAAGCAACAACAAAUCAUUGAGCUUUUUUUCUGCCUCAAUGUGGUUAAUGCAGUUAAUGUACUUAAAUGGCUAAAAUAUGGUCCAAAAUGGAAAAAUGUUAUCCUAGAUAAAGAAAACAAGCGUGUAGGACAGGUCUUCCCAGGAAGUGAGACUGUUUGGUGAUCGUAUCAGUAGCUAAUGACAAUGUGGUGCUCUAAAAAAGGUAAAAACAGGAAGUAAUCUCUGGUGAGAUCUUGGGGAUCUUGGGGAAUUUAGGAAUUAAGAAGAUCACUGGAGGGCUCCUCGGCCCAUUACACAAUUCUAAAUCAUAUAUUUUUGUUUCAGACAUCUGCACACUUCAAUGUGGAAUAUCCCAGUGGUUCUCAAACUGAAGGGAGGGGGAUCUAUUUACAUAUGAAUGUAUAAUAUAUAGAGAGAUACAGUAUAUUAUAAUGCAAGGGGAGGCCUCUUUUUUCAAACAGGGACCUGACUUCAACAGUUUGAGAAACACUGCAUUUUCCCUAACAUAGAACAUUCAUCAUUGCUUGUUAAUUCAAACAGAUCCUUAAUACAUGAUAUAAUUGCAAAGAUGUUAGACAGUUCUCUUCGUUCCUCCAAAAACCUUACCUCCAGUUUGCUUUCUGUUUCUUUCAAAGCAAGUAUGUUUUCACUGUAGAAGCUGUAUGGAUGGGGACUGCACUGUGGUAAGGCAAGAGUGUGUAAAAAUAACUGCUGCCUGUCCUCUGGCUUGAAAACCUAUCAAAUACCACUCGAGUGGCGUCUGGCCAAGGGUUAAAGACCAUCAACGGAGCUGAGCCGUGUGUGAACAUUUCUAUUUUUCCUCCAUGUUCUCUUGAACUCCUCGUCUUUUUGUAUUUUGUUCAAAGCUAUUGUUCAUCUUCCGAAAUUUUUUUAUGUGUGUGCUUUCCUGAUCAGGGUCACGUGAUCUUGUAUACCUUUUGUAACAUAGCAUUCCUGUUUUAGAUUUAGGUUGUGGAUUAGCACUGCCGAUUGUUGUUGGAGACAAAAAAGUGAUGCAUAGUGUAGAUGUGUUUUCUGUCUCACAGUAAGAGGGGUGAUCAUGAAUGACAAUACUCUGAGUCUAAGAAAAUGGUACAGUGACAGUCUAACUACAGCAAUGGCAACAACAACCAAAAGAACAAACAAUGCAUAUUUAAUAUGCUGAAGUCCUACAUGAGUAAUUAUUCAUUAACACACUCAAUCACAAAGUAGUGAGGUUAACAAAAGCCAGAAAGUUUUGCCUGAAAACCUUUUUAUUUACAAUUAAAGUGUCCUUGACUGCAAGUUGUAAUUAACCUCUGAGACCUUUUUUGUACUCAUGUUGAUAUUGUGGUUAUUUUGAGGGCCAGUUUUGUAUGGCUUUAAUUGUACAGGUAUAUUAUUAUCAAUAUAUGUUUAAUAAAAUCUGACAUUCUUUUUUGAAACCAA